AUCGAGAUUCACAAUUGAGAAUUCCGUUUGAAAUAGUUUAAUAAGUUGGCAGUGUAGUUUACGGAAUUCGUCGAAACCAGUUACCACGGCUAAUUGUGUAAUAGUGCGAGAGAAUUUAAUAACUUUGAAACAUGGAGAAGCCCAUAGUACGUGCAAGGGUAGUGAAGGUUCUUGGUAGAACUGGUUCUCAAGGGCAAUGUACGCAGGUCAAAGUGGAAUUUUUGAACGAACAAAACAGACAGCUGAUUCGAAAUGUAAAAGGCCCUGUACGAGAAGGGGACAUACUAACGCUCUUAGAAUCCGAAAGGGAAGCCAGACGGCUUCGUUAGUAUACACGAGGGUUCACAUUCCCUCGUAAAGAAGAC